AUGAAUGGAACAGCAAUUGGAACUCCUGACAAUCAACUUCAAAGACAGUCUUCGCAAAAUGACACCAGCUCUGAACAUCCUCGUAGUCCUGGAAGUCCUCUAAGUAUUCGUCAUGAUUCCGGAGAGUCCAGUAUAAUUUCUCCAGGACUUCCAGAGCGUUAUAGCCCGCUGGGAGCUACUGAAUCAACAUCAAGCCAUGAUCCUUACGCUUCGCGUUCGGUCCAAGAUUGUCCUGUUCCGCUGUGCCGUCCGUUGCCGUCGGAAUUCCCGCUGGCUCGAUCGCCGUACAUGUCCGCGUUGUCAAACGGGCAUCCGCACUUGCUCCAGGUCCAGCAACAUCAGCACCAGCAUUCCCAGCAUCAGCAAUCUCAGCAACUACAGCAGUCACCGCAUCAACUCCAGCAGUCCCAACAUAAUAACAAGCCCUCGAGAAGCUUGGGACUCAUCUGUGUCGUCUGCGGAGACACUAGCUCCGGAAAACACUACGGAAUUCUUGCUUGCAAUGGCUGCAGCGGAUUUUUUAAGCGGAGUGUUCGGAGAAAAUUAAUCUACCGGUGCCAAGCAGGAACCGGCCGAUGCAUCGUCGACAAGGCUCACCGCAACCAAUGUCAAGCUUGCCGUCUCAAAAAGUGCAUGGCCAUGGGGAUGAACAAAGAUGCGAUACAACUAACUCGCGCUGCAUGGAAGGAUUGCCUGAUGAUGAAUAAUCAAGAGGAAACUCGUUGGAUUGUUGCAGCCGUGCAAAAUGAAAGGCAGCCCAGGAACACGGCAACCAUAAGACCUGAAGCUUUAGUCGAGAUGGAUCAGGAACGAGCGCUGAGGGAAGCUGCCGUAGCUGUUGGAGUUUUUGGACCACCAGUAUCAUUAGCGAUGGCCAGAUAUGGAGCACCGAUGCCAUUAUCAGCAAUAGCCCCAACGUCGACUGCGAAUCCACCACCUGUACCAACACCCCUACCGCAACGCGACGACCCCGAUGAAAACGCAUCAGAAGACAGUAUAGAUGUGACCAACGAAGAACCACUCACUGCCCAGAGGAAUCUUUGUUCCCAAUUGCCUCCCGUAAUGACAUCGCUCUACUCGCCAGCAAGCGCAGAAACAGUUUACGAAACUAGUGCAAGAUUAUUAUUUAUGGCUGUAAAAUGGGCCAAAAAUCUGCCUUCGUUCGCCAGUUUGCCGUUCCGCGACCAAGUGAUACUCCUCGAAGAAGCCUGGUCUGAGUUGUUUCUUCUCAAUGCCGUGCAAUGGUGUCUACCUCUCGAAUCAUCUUCACUCUUCAAUGCCGCGGAAUUGACCGCACUUACUCUAUCGCCACACAAUCAUUCGCACUCAGGAAUGCACUUGUCCAACGAAGACAAGCCUAGUCAAGUAGCCGCUGAUAUUCGACAUCUUCACGAUACUUUGCAGAGAUACAAAAAUAUAAUGGUUGAUCCUGCCGAGUUUGCUUGUAUGAAAGCUAUUGUUCUCUUUAGACCAGAAACCCGAGGACUGAAAGAUUCAAGUCAAAUAGAAAAUCUUCAAGACCAAGCACAAGUAAUGUUAGGACAACAUGCGCGUGCUCAACAACCCGGUAGACCUGAAAGAUUCGGAAGACUUUUGUUGAUGCUAUCACUGCUGAGAAGCAUACCAGCAUCGCGAGUUGAGCUUAUUUACUUCCACCGAACUAUUGGAAACACACGAAUGGAAAAAGUUUUGUGUGACAUGUAUAAAAAUUAA